AUGUGUCUUGCUAAAAGCCCUGGCCUCCGAAAGGCCCUCAAUGUCGAGGUCUUGGAGCGAUGGAAAUCUGGGGUGGAGAGUAUAGGAUAUGCCUACUUGUGGUGGGAUGAUGUCCUUCUGAGAAAUCGUGAUACACUUGAACCAUUCUGCCAUACGAGCAGCCCAGGGGCUCCGAUGUGGCCAAAGUUUGCGCUGACACCUCCCACCAUGAAUGGGAUCACCGUGAAACGGCUGGCAGUUGCCCAGAGUGUCAACUUCUUCAGUGCUCAGCCAUGCACCCGUCCUUACCUCCAUGACAUAAGCGCCUACCAACCCAUUCCAUUCUUCUCUCGGUACGACAAGGGCGAUACAUCGGACACCUUCUUUAAUGAGACUCUACGUACCGCAAGAACCAUUCCCCACGCCCUUGCAGUUGCGCGGAAGGAGGUCUUGAAUUUGCGUGACAAAGCCGCCGAUGAAUGGUUGACUGGGAGCGCUGGCCAGCCAGAUUACGUGCUCUUGGUGCAGUUUGCGUCCGGGCUGAAUGGAUAUAGGGAUACUGUGCACAGUGGCGUGCUGGCCUCGCUUCUGGACGAAGCUCUGGGAUGCUGUGUGGAGGGAUUCCGUCAACAGCUGAAAGCAGGGGAACGGACGGCUCUGUACACUGCCAACUUGAAUGUAUCCUAUCGCGCGCCCGUGGCAUCCCCAGGUGUGUAUGUGAUCAAGGCCUGGCUCGCGCGACGGGAUGGGCGAAAGUGGUUCCUUGAGGCGCAGGUUGUUGGGGGGGGAUGGAAGAGUUCGGGCGGACGUGAAGUCGCUUUGGAUUAG